CUAGCCGCGAGCUUGCGCUUCCCCGGCCGCCCUGGACUACAAUUCCCAGCGAGCCUAGCGGCCGGCGUCUCGGCUGCGGUCAGGUGACCGAGUCGCCUGACCUGAGGAUUGCAGUGGGUUCACCUGGAGGAGAGCUGACUGACUGCCCUGGGGUACUGCUGACCUCCAGCAGAGUUGAGCCAAAAUGUCCCCGGAAUCUAAAAAGCUUUUCAACAUCAUUAUUUUAGGAAUUGCCUUUAUGUUUAUCUUCACCGCCUUUCAGACUUGUGGAAAUGUAGCGCAAACUGUCAUCAGGAGCCUAAAUAGUACAGAUUUUCAUGGCAGUGGAUAUACCAGCAUGGCAAUUAUUUAUGGAGUGUUCUCUGCUUCAAAUUUGAUUACACCAUCAGUGGUUGCUAUUGUAGGACCUCAACUCUCUAUGUUUGCUAGUGGUUUAUUUUACAGCAUGUACAUUGCCGUUUUUAUCCAGCCUUUCCCGUGGUCCUUCUACACAGCCUCUGUUUUCAUUGGAAUUGCAGCUGCUGUACUUUGGACAGCACAAGGAAACUGCCUGACAAUAAAUUCAGAUGAGCACACUAUUGGGAGAAACAGUGGAAUUUUCUGGGCGCUCUUACAAUUUAGCUUGUUCUUUGGAAAUCUCUACAUAUAUUUUGCUUGGCAAGGGAAAACUCAGAUAUCAGAGAGUGACCGAAGAACAGUGUUUAUCGCCCUAACAGUGAUUAGCCUUGUGGGGACAGUACUUUUCUUUCUCAUUCGGAAACCAGAUUCUGAAAAUGUCCUGGGAGAAGAUGAAUCUUCUGAUGACCAGGACUUGGACAUCAACGAGUCUCCCCAGAACAACAUGACAAAGGCAGUAGAUGCAUUUAAAAAGUCUCUGAAGUUAUGUGUCACCAAGGAGAUGCUCCUUCUUAGCGUUACAACUGCUUAUACAGGUCUGGAACUGACUUUCUUCUCUGGUGUAUAUGGAACCUGUAUUGGCGCUAUAAAUAAAUUUGGAACAGAAGAGAAAAGCCUCAUUGGACUUUCUGGCAUUUUCAUCGGCAUUGGAGAAAUUUUAGGUGGAAGCCUCUUUGGCCUGCUGAGCAAGAAUAAUCGUUUUGGUAGGAAUCCAGUUGUGCUGUUGGGCAUCCUGGUGCAUUUUAUAGCUUUUUAUUUAAUAUUCCUCAACAUGCCUGGGGAUGCCCCCAUUGCUCCUGUUGAAGGCACUGACAGCAGCGCUUACAUCAAACCCAGCAAAGAAAUUGCCAUCUUCUGCAGCUUCCUGUUGGGUCUUGGAGACAGCUGCUUCAAUACCCAGCUGCUUAGUAUUUUAGGUUUUCUCUAUUCUGAAGACAGUGCCCCGGCUUUUGCUGUCUUUAAAUUUGUGCAGUCCAUUUGCGCCGCCGUGGCGUUUUUCUACAGUAACUACCUUCUCCUUCAUUGGCAACUCCUGGUCAUGGUGAUAUUUGGGUUUUUUGGAACUGUCUCCUUCUUCACUGUGGAGUGGGAAGCUGCUGCCAUUGUAGCCCGGGGCUCUGACUACCGAAGUAUUUGAAGAAGGGCGCCAGUGAGAGGAGGCCGCCUCUCCAGACCCUCGGUUGAGCGGCAGGGCUGGGCAGAGGAGGCCGCUCUCAUCUUCACCAUACCUUGGAGGCUGUUUAGGAUGGAAACUCCGAGAUCUAAGACUGCUAAAUCUGCCAGAGUUGGUAUUCAGGUUUACAGAUAUUGUUUAAAAACUAGUGAAAUAAGACAAACUUGUUCUGUUGGUCAUGUUGUUCGAAGAUGUUGUUUUUCAUUUCAUCUGUCUCACAUUCCUUAUGAUCAUGUUAUAAAUGUCAAUGUUUUCUUCUGCCCCCUGUUCUCAUUGAGAGAUCAUGCUUUGAUUGAAACUGCUAGGCCAUAUGUGUAUGAAGACUCAUAUGUCAUGUGAAGACUCCUACAGGGUGUGGCUGUGUGUUACUAUGUAGUAACAGGGAGCAUGUGCCACCCCAUGUGUGUGUCUGGGAAUGAUGUUUAAGUAAAUCAUGUAACACUGAAAUGGCAUCUUUGAAAAGAUUUGCACAUUUUUGUUAAUUUUUCUUGUAGUUCAUAGCAAGAGGGGUACUAAUCAAGUAUUACGAAAUGAGGUAAAAAUUGUCUUUAAGUUUUAAAAAUAGAAAUCUUACAUUUGUAAAUGAACAGAAACACACUUAAGAAAAUACACAUUUACUGGUGGAGGCUUUUGCUAGUAAUUUUUCUGAGGAUUUAGUGCAUAAAAAACAAACCCAGAGCGUGUAGUGAAGUCUAAGCUAUGGUGGCAGACUGUUGUCACUAAGAAGCACCAUUCCGUAUGCAUGUCUGGGGAUGGACUCUAACUAUUUGGGGAGAUGUUUAGAAUGGAAAUGCUAACUGUAAUCCAUCAGAGCUUUAAACAGUUAUUUUAAUUGAGAUAUAGUUCAGAAAUCAUAAAAUUCAUCAUUGUAAAGUAUACAGUUUAGUGGCGUUUCAGUACAUUCACAAGGUUAUGUAGCUAUCACUACUAUCUUUUCCAGAACGUUUUCAUCACCCCAAAAAGAACCACCCUGCCUACUAGUAGACAUUCCCCAUUCUCUUGCCUGGCACUGGUGGUCAGUAAUCUGUUUCCUGUCUCUGUGGAUUUGCUUCUUCUGGAUAUUCCCUCUAAAUGGGAAAGCUCACUUUUAAAAUUGAAAAUUAACUGUACAAAUCAAGAGUUUUAUGGCAAAGUAGAUUUAAUCAGAAGACAAACAAUAUUUUGUUUUAAACUUGCUUAGCAAUUUUAUGGAGUGUGACUUUCAGACUUGAUGGCAAUUGUAGGGAAUUGUGGUUAGCUGGAACCCUUAGAGAAAUUGCAUUUGUGUGGAACACUAAACUCUUUGGCUCCAAGUUGUAAAAUUUUGGUUUUCUUUCUUGAAGUUGAGAUAAACUCAGUUGAUAGUUGAUUUUAUAUAAAUUAUAAAUGCUGUUUCAGAAUUAAUAGAAAUGAAUUUAUUAUCUCUUAAAGCACAUUAUUGUUUACUCAGAUGUAUUUGUUUUCUAUCACUGUAUGACAGAUUACUCCAAAACUUAGCCAUUUCCCUGGUGGUUCAGAUAGUAAAGAAUCUGCCUGCAAUGCAGGAGACCCGCAUUUGAUCCCUGCAUCCAUGGGGUCACAAAGUCAGACAUGACUGAGCAACUAACAGUUUUUUUCACUAAGCACAUUAUUGUUUACCCAGAUGUAUUUGUUUUCUAUCUCUGUGUGACAUAUUACCCCAAAACUCAACCCUUAAAAACAAGACCUAUGUAUUCUCUCAUAGUUUCUGUGGGUCUAGAGUCUCAGCAUGGCUGAACCAGGUCCUCCAGCCAGCUCAGGGUCUGUCACAAGGCUGCAGCCAAGGUGUGACCCGGGGAGGACCCGCUUCUCAGCUUAGUCUCAUCCUGGCAGGAGUUGAUUCCUCACAGGCUGUUGGACCAGGAGUUUUAGUUUCUCACGGCUGUCCGCAUCAAAGAAAGCAAGUGAGAAAAGCCAGAGGGAAGUGCCAGCAAGUCAUAAGUCACCGUCUUUUAUCACUAAAUCUUGAAAGUGACAUCUCAUCACCUUUGCUGUAUUCUCUUCACUAGAUGCAAGUUACUAGUUCCCGGCCACACUCACGGAAAGGGGUGGGGUUACACCAGGGAGUGACUAGAGCCAGGAUCCCCAGGACCGUCUCACAAGGCUGCCUGUCUCACGUUCAGCUGGGAACUGGGCCCUGCACUCCCAUGUUCCUCACUCUCCCAGGCUCAGGCUCCCUUUGCUUGUGAUAGAUCUGCAGAAUUGGGCUGCAGAGGUUCAGUAGCCUCUGUUAAUACCACUGAGUACAUUCUCCCAGGGCAGCCGCAGCCUCUUAUCACCACUGGUAAGGUUCCUGGUAACUGCUUUCACAAGAGAAACGAAAGGGAGUGAGGGGAGUCUGUCAGGAACACGAAUUCUGGGCCGCCUCCCUCCUGUUGUUAUGUGUGAUGUUCUUCGCCUUAAGUUCUGUACUCACAUUUUGUGUUUGGGUGGGUUUUGUUUUGUUUUUUACUGAGUCUUUAUGUCUGUAAAUGGUGUUGGUCUUGGUGGGCUCUUUAUUUGACUGAUAACAGCUCAUGUUUGAAUUUGUAUCAUUAUUUGAAUUUGAAAUGUGGUAUGAAAUAAAGAAUUUAAUUUUUA